AUGGUUUUGAUUCUUUUUGAACGAAAAGAUGAACGGUAUGACCAUCUAUUGAUGUAUUGCUUCCCUGGGGACAAACAACGGAGAACACAGAAGGUGGCUCGAGAUAUGGUAGAUAUCCAGGAUGUUAUGUCCAUCUGGUGUUUCAAAGAUAAAUUCUAUGUUAUGUGUGUGGGCGACCGACACCUAGAAAUUGAAAGACAACAACUCGGGGACAUUACCAGCUUCUCUGUAAGGCCAAUUGAGGUAGCUGAUACCACUUUGUGGACAUCAGUGGGAGGAACAGACACUCACACUACUGUUUCCAGUUUGCAGUUUGUGGAGUGUGGUGAUGAACUUUUCAAGAUUGUUAUAAUAUACCCUGCAAGAGGAUAUGACAGAGUAGACAUUGCACUAUUUGUGGCAAAGUAUGAUUUCUCUGUUAUGGAGUUGAAGGAGGUGGAUAGUUUCGGUGAUCAUAAUGAGGAUCAGAGGGAAGCAAAGGAUGGAGGAGAACUACAAGAAGCAAUCCCUUGGGAUAUUCUGAAUGAGGACUUGGUGGGGUUGAUAGCAAACUAUCUUCACCGACUGGAUUGCAUACAUUUUCGUCUUGUCUCUAAAGCGAAUCGAGCAGUGAUGCCUAUGGUAAAGCUGACAGCCUCUUGUACUACUAGAUGCAUGUAUUUAUCUCCAUGGUUGGUUUUCUCUCGGAAUAAAUUCCAAGACGUCUACAAUUUUGUAAAUCCUAUGCAUAAUAAGGAGAACUACCUCAUGAACCUCUCUGAUAUACUAGGUGCCACUAUCCGGUUUCAGAAGGGUGGUUGGCUACUGAUGUCAAAGGGGUUUAACAGUGUAUUCUUUUACAAUCCCUUCACAAAAGAAAACAUCAAUCUUCCGGACUUGCCAGUUGAUAUGUACAGCUUUUCUGGUAUCUCAUUUUCCUCCUCACCAACUUCGUCAGACUGUAUGGUUUUUGCUAUUCAACAAAUGCGUGCUGGUGAUGGAAUGUCUAAUGAAAUCUCCAUUUACUUCAUUAAAAGAGGAGCAGCAUUAUGGAGUAUCUUUAACUCCCAAAAUAUGAGUACUGAAAAAUUCAUGCCUUUGCAUAACACCCCAGUUUUCCAUAAUGGGGCUUUCUAUUGCUUAGAUUACAACGGAAAGUUGGGAGUUUUCAGUUUAGAGGAUUCUAAUUGGAAAGUUCUUGAGAAACCCCAUCAGCAAUUUAGCGGUAUAUAUCCAAGUUUCUUGGUGGAGUGCGCAGGAUAG